AUGGAGCGGGGAGGCCGGCGGCUGUUGUUGCUGCUGCUGGCGGCGGCGGCGCAGGGCCCCGCUCCGGCGGGCGCGCAGUACGAGGAGUACAGCUUCCGCGGCUUCCCGCAGUCCGAGCUGGUGCCGCUGCAGAGCGCCUACGCCUACGCGCUGGAGCAGUACGAGGGGGAGCGCUGGAAGGAGAGCGCCCGCUCCCUGGAGGCCAGCCUGCGCCUGCACCGCCUGCUGCGCGACAGCGAGGCGCACUGCCACCGGGAGUGCGCGGGGGGCGCAGCGGGCGGCGCGCCGCCCGCGCAGGCGGAGGAGUGGGGCUGGGAGCUGGAGGUCUUCGGGCACGUCCUGCAGCGAGCCGCCUGCCUGCGGAGCUGCAAGCGCGGCCUGCCGGUCUUCCAGCUCCGCUACCCUCCGGCCGAGACCCUGCGCGACUUCCAGCGCCGCGCGCCCUACCAGUACCUGCACUACGCGCUCUUCAAGGCCAAUAAGGUGGAGAAAGCCGUGUCUGCUGCUCACACCUUCCUGCAGAAGAAUCCCAAGCACGAGAUGACGCUGAAGUACAUGAACUAUUACAGAACUAUGCUGGACGUGGACGAGUACCUCGUGGACUUGGAGGCCCAGCCCUACGAAACGGCGUUCGUGCGCUCGGUGAAGCUGUAUAACAGCGGGGAUUUCCGGAGCAGCAUUGCGGACAUGGAGCACGCGCUGGUGGAGUAUUACAAAGCCUACGAGAACUGCCUGGCCGGCUGCGAGGGCGCCUACGAGCUGCGGGAGUUCAAGGACUUCUACCCGGCUAUUGCAGAUCACUUCGUGGACGUGCUGCAGUGCAAGGUGGACUGCGAGGCCGACCUGACGCCCAACGUGGGCGGGUACUUUGUGGAGAAGUUUGUGGCCACCAUGUACCACUACCUGCAGUUCGCCUAUUACAAGCUGAACGACGUGAAGAACGCGGUGCAGAGCGUCUCCAGCUACAUGCUCUUCGACCCGGCGGACGAGGUGAUGCAGCAGAACCUGGUUUAUUAUCGCUUCUACCGCGAGCGCUGGCACCUGGAGGAUGACGACUUCAGUCCCCGCCCGGAGGCGCUGCAGUAUCACAACCAGACGGCCGUGCAGACGAAGUUGCUGGACUUUGCCAAGCAGUAUCUGCAGGGUGACGACGAGAUGGAGCUGGCUGAGGGCGCGGAGCCGGACGGGCGGGACCUGCCCUCGGACAGCGAGUUUGACGGCCAAGGCGACUACGAGGAGGGAUUUUUCGCUGAGUGGUGGCAGGAGCCCAAGUCCAAAGGGGACAAAGCCGACCAAGGUUACUGA